AUGUUUCAGGAAAUGCUUCAAAGAACAUCAGAAGAUUUUUUGCCAAAGAUGGAAAGUUCAGUUGAAGAGAUGGAUACUUCUGAUACCCAGUGGGGCUGGUUUUAUUUGGCUGAGUGUGGUAAAUGGCAUAUGUUUCAGACUGAUUCAAACAGUCAUUGCUCUGUUAGCAGUGAAGAUAUUGAAAGGAGCUUCCGAACAAACCCACAUGGUUCUGUUUCUUUUACUACUGCAAAAUUUAACUACACGCUAGAUUUUUCAGUGAUGAAACAAACCAACCUAAGCACCCUUAAGCAACGUCCAAUAAAGCGAGCUCCUUUUUCUAUCAGUGCUUUCAGUUUCAUCUGUGAAAAUGAGGCUAUCCCUAUGCCUUCACACUGGGAGAAUGUAAAUACUGAGGAGCCGUAUCAGCUUAUUCCAUUGCAAAAGAAAACAAAUGAAUAUAAUGAAGUUUCUAGUCUCUUUGGAAAAACUAUGGAUAGCCACCGAAUUAAAAGAAUUAAGAGAAUACAAAAUCUAGACUUGUGGGAGUUUUUUUGCAGGAAAAAAGCUCAACUAAAGAAGAAAAGAGGUGUCCUAACUAUUAAUGAGCAGAUGUUGUUUCAUGGCACCAGUAAUGAAUUCGUAGAAGCAAUAUGUAUUCAUAACUUUGACUGGAGAAUAAAUGGGAUGCAUGCUGCUGUGUAUGGAAAAGGGACCUAUUUCGCAAGAGAUGCAUCAUAUUCCAGUCGUUUCUGCAAAGAGGACAUGAAGCAUGGAGAUACUUUUCAAAUUCAUGGUGUGAAUCUGCAGCCUCAUCUGCAUAGACCAGAUAAAGUCAUGUUUCUUGCUCGCGUAUUAACUGGUGACUAUAUCAAUGGUGAUUCAAAAUACAUGAGGCCUCCUUCAAAAGAUGGAAGUUUUGUGAACUUAUACGACAGCUGUGUAGAUAAUACCUGGAAUCCAAAGAUUUUUGUUAUCUUUGAUGCCAACCAAAUCUACCCUGAGUACUUAAUAGAAUUUUGUUAAGUUUGAAAGGAGCUGAACUGAAUAUUGUUUGUGUCUUUUUGAUACUUUUGUUCCUUUUGUAAAGACAACAAUAUGAAAACAUGAAGCAUGAAAGGAGAGAGGUGAAAGAAAGGCUAGC